UAAGAGUUUAAAAUGUUCCAAUUUGCAAGAAUGUUACAUGGAUUUAUUGAACUUUAACCGUUUGAGUGCCACGUGUCUUUGCUGUUUUCCCAUCCAAAAGUGCCAAGCGGCGCGAUAGCGCUUGUCUUAUUCCCUCUCCAAGAAUGCCAAGGAGCGCUAUUGCGCUGUUUUCAGAUUUAUACAGUAGCUGUAAUUGUUUCAAUUCAUUGUUGUUCUGCCAUCUUUCUGAGCGUAAGUACAGAUUUAUCAGCGUCUGGGUUGCGUCAUAUAAUAUAAGAAUAUAAUUUAAAUAUUUUAUUGCAUAUAUAAAAGGUAUGUACAGUAAAAUUUUCACUAUUAAAAUAUUCACUAUUACUAUUUUCACUACGGUUUCGCAGCCUAGAGCGCUGGCACUGUUCGAGAGACAGAGGAGAAGCGCAAAAUCGCUCCGUGGCACUCAAACGGUUAAAUAUUUUUGUACCAGCAAUAAGUGCGAGCCUUCAUCAAAAUCUGAUUUAAGUAAAACUAAUCAAAGCAUAAGAUAUUGUACAAAGGAAGAUAUUCCAAAUGAUGUGGAUUUUCGAUUAAUAGAAACUAAAUAUGAAAUUUUUGAGCUGUCUGCUGGCUUGGAAAUCAGUUUUGCGCCACCAAGAAGAACAUGCAAGUACAGCGUUACUUUAUUAGCGAACGAAUCAAUUAACGAAACAAUGUGUACGACCUACAACUUCAAAAAUUCACUUCACAGUAACGUGCACACACCUACGACUACCUUAUGUUUUAUUUCAAAUAAGAAUGAGUCUCAGAGCAAUACUUCAAUGACUUUUCCAUAUGUAUUUACAGCAUGCUAUGCUAUUCAAUUUCGAUAUGAUCAAAAUAAAUGCUUCAGAGUUAAUCAGUUCUUAAAAGCGCGUUACAAACGUACAGAAAUUACACUACCAGAAUUAAAAUGUUCAUAUCUCACUGUACAUAACACUACAAAGGGUACAAAAUACCACUUUGAAGUUGACAUUUCAUUACCAAUAAUUUUUAACGCGACAUUGGAAUUUGGAUCAUUCUAUUAUUAUAAUGGAAAUAAAUAUUGCAUUACGAAGAAUAAACAACUAAACUACACUUUUAAUGUUUUGGAUUAUGCAAAAAAUGAAUACGAUUCUAGCAUGAGCUUGUUCAGAAAUGGGAAAUACGAGAAAACUGAAAAAUUCGAAAUUGAAGUUUCAGAGCAGUCGAAUUAUUGUUUUAAAAUACGUUUGAAUGACGUAAGAUGUGAAGAAUAUACUCUCUGGAACCCCUUUAUAGAUAAAUACAAACCAUGCCAGUGGGUUAAAGAAUGUCAUUAUAUAUCUAAUGAAGUUGGUAUUUCCGAGCCUUACGUAACCACAAAUUCCUAUUUGUACUGGUCCAUUGGUAUUAUCACAUUAAUUAUGUUCGCUGUACUUGGAAUUUUGUAUCUCUUGUACACUGUACACACUUGUAUACAGGAAAAGAGAUUCUGCGUAAAUGUUGGUAAAAGUAACAUCAUAAAGAUAAAUCAGAAGCAAUCUAAUCGAUUUAAUAUAUGCGCCUUAAAGAAUAUCAAGCAAACAUCGUGUGAAAGCAUUCACGCCACAAACACAGACAUUGUGCUGUUAUAUCCUAAAAGCUCUGAAUCUUUUAUGGCGUUGAUGAAAGAUUUUCGAGAAAUGCUUCAGAGACUUUGCCAUUGUCAUGUACACGAUUGGUACGAUGGAACAGAGUGGAACUACGUGGCUGAGAUCGGUGGUUCCGAUUGGUUCGCCGAAAUGCUCGAUAAGGGAUAUCGUGUUAUUUGGAUAGAUAUCCCAGCAAUGCGAUCUCUAAUUACACGAACACCCAAAACCGAUUUUAUCGUAAAGGAUUCUAAACAAUAUGAUUCCAUAGAAAUUGGCGAUUUUCGUGACACAGUAUUCCUGACAAUAUUUAAUUUAGCCAAACGUAAUGUUGAACAUUCACCGCUGGGGCAGCGUAAACAUUUUAUCGUAAGGUUAAAAGGAUUUGAAAGAUUUAAAAAUGAAGAUGAUCCGUUUGUUGAUUUAUCUAUGCAUACGCGAUACCUCAUACCUCAAGAUUUAAACUCAUUGUGUUCAGAUUUAUCAACAUAGGAAUUAAGUAAGAAUGUACUGUCCGUGAGUGAAGAAGAGGAUAUCACAAAACAGCACUUGAAUUCACUGAUUGACAUUCGUGGGAAUUUUGGUCAUGCGCACUGGAGCGCAUGAUCACUGCCGUAUACACUUAACUAGAAUUUAAAUCCGUUGGAUCCGUUGGAUCCCAGUAAGGAACAAAAUUUAAGCAUUUGAAGUAGAAAGUUCAAUUUUUUACGAAACAUGGGAAUUCCCAACAUUCACCUUUUCUUGCGCAUGGCAGAAAGCUAACGCAUGCGCAGAAAGGGAUCCCACGAGGGAAAGUUCUAGUGCGCAUGUCCAAAAUUCCCACGAAUGUCCACCGCUGCUUGGAUCAUUCAUUAACAAAUGUCUUCAGCGACGUCUAUUGAAGAAUCAGAUAGAGCGAAGGAUUAACAUUGUUAUUCCUUAGUAUUAAACGAAUGUAAAAUUGAUUUUGGAAACAUCAUGUCGAAAUCCUUAAGAAACUGUCCAACGAGAGAUCGAUUUACAAUUGGCAUUUGUUGUUAAGAUGGAUAUCGUUACAAAAUAUACAUUUCAUGUGUGUUUUAAAAUAUGAAGAUAAAAUUGUUCAGAAUAUGUUA